AUGGGCUGUCGAGUCUGUCGCGCGCGCAAGGUCAAGUGCGAUGGCCGCCCCAACGGCUGCCGCAACUGCGAGCGUUUGCAGCUCGACUGCGUCGCCGACGACGGCACCACUGCCCCAUCCACGUCUACCGCCGCCGCCGCCGCCGUCAAGCGCUCCUCGUCGGCCUCGGCCGUUGCCCUGAAGAAGAUUCGCACCUACCGCUCCUGCAACGCCUGCCGCCUCUCCAAGACAAAAUGCGACGGCGACCGGCCCAAGUGCGGCCGCUGCGCCGCAAAACAGGUCGACUGCGUCUACGACGGCGGCGCUGCUCCCAGGUGGACGCGCAACCUUGACCGUCCGGUGUCGACGGCGUCGUCGCAUGCCAACGGGACCGAUGUGGCCACUGGUGCGGCCGACGGCUUGCUGCGCGCGAGCGUCGAAAAGGAGCGAUCGUCAUUUCUCGCAGGCGAGAGGCGCUUGCCGCCGCGGCAGGACGAUACUCCGGCCAACUCGGACGGCGGAGAGCAGAGUGGUCAAGAGGGCAAGCCGAAUGUGUCUAUUCCGGACGGGCAGUCUUGGCUCGUAUCACCCAGCCUCCCCAGCGGCCGCAACUUGCGCCGUGUGGUUGACCAGUACUUUACAAACUUACAUCCCCUGCGGUGCUUUGCCUUUGUUCACAAGCCCACGUUUAUGAGACAGCUUGACAAAGGCCUGAGCACCGACGAUGAGUCUGCCCUCUUGCACAUUGUCUGUGCCCACGGAGCCAAAUUCCACGCUCUCAGCGUUGUCGGUAAUCACGCCCGCGACACCAGCUUAAUCUCGGCUGCUGGAAGUCACUGGGCUAAGCGCGCCGAGUAUCUACUGCUCGCCAACUUUGGCAAGAUAUCUGUACAAAGAUUAAUGACUGCCAUCUUAAUACACGAAUUCCACUUUCGCCAUGGCGAAUACUCACAGGCCCUGAUGAUGAGCGGCCUGGCCGUGCGCAUGGCUCACGCUCUCAAGAUCAACUCGGAGCACUCUGCCGAUAUCAUGUGCUCAGAGUCUGACGAAGCUGCCCCUUCCAUCGUCUCCCGCGAGAGCCGCCGCCGCCUCAUGUGGGCGUGCUACAUCCUCGAUGCCUGGGCGGGCAGCGGCAUCGAUCAGCUGACUCUUUUGCGAGAGAACGACAUUAAGAUCCAGCUGCCCUGCAACGAGAGAAACUUUGGUCUGAGGAUUGCCUGCGUCACCGAGACACUCGGAGUCGGCCAUGUGCUGCAAUUUUUGCCCCCAUCAGUGGUGCCGCGCCGACCAGCCGAGAACAUGGGCAUCAUGGCCUACUACAUUCGCAUCGUAACACUUUGGAAGAAGAUUGUCCGAUACGUCAAUAGGUUGGACUCGCGUAUGGAUGCCAGCCUGCCACCGUGGCUGCCCGAGUCCGACUUUGCUGCCCUGGAUGCUGAUUUACGUCUGUGGCGCAGGGAGCUUCCAGACUUUGUUGAAUAUUCAGCUGAAACGAUAUAUGCUCGUCUUGACUCAAACCAGCUUGGCGCACUCGUUCUCAUCCACUGCACCUACCACCACAACUAUCUGGAGCUGUACAAGCUGUCCAUGCCUGACCUCUUUAAACUGUCCAAACCCGUGUCUAUCCCGCCAGAGCACCAAGAAUUCUUCCAGGCGGCGCAGUCCAACUGCUACCACCAUGCGCAGCAGAUUGCCGACAUUCUGGCCGAGGCCGCCGACCACGGCGCCAGGCUGCUCUCGGACAGUCUGCUGCCGUACUUUGUCUACGACAGCAGCAGGGUCAUGCUCUACUACGUGGCGCGCCUCCUCGACCCCAACCGGCUUGACGCGCAGGACAAGGUGCGCGAUGCGAUCCAUGCAGUGGAGAGCAACAAUCGCGUCUUGCGUAUGAUGGUCGCUCUGUUUCCCAUUGCGCAAUCUCUUUCGACCACCAUUGAGCGAUGGCUGUUUAAGCUCAAGCAGGCGACAAACAGGGAGGACCUUUUGAAUAAGCUACAAUUUGAAUCCCGUGCCGACAUUCCCGGCGCCGUAUUCCCGCCGAACAGCCCUCAUGACAACAGCGAUCUCACGCUGCCGUCCAUUUCGCUGCACUCGCUCGCGCGCACCGGCGUCGGCGCCCGGCGCGCCGCCGAUCGCUCGUCCGUAUCUACGCCGGGCAUGACGUGGAGCGCACCGUCGGCGUCGCCCGCGAGCUCCACGUCGUGGGACCACGUCAACGCCGCGCACCAGCUCGCGGGCCUGAGUCAGGACGUCGCCCCGGCGCGGUCAGGCCUGCAGCACGAGCGCCCCGUGACGGUGCAGCAGCCGAUGCCGUCGCCGCGACGACCCGCGCCCGCGGCGCCCAUGUACGAGGCGCUCGACCUCGACGACCUGCAGAAUUUUCUGAGCUGGGACAUGUACGGCAUCCGCGACAUGGGCGACCCCAUUACCGACGAGGGCGUCGACGACCUAUCGAUGCAGGCGUGGGCUGGCGCCAUCUGA